AUGAAGAGAGAUCUUAAUUGCAUCAAUGGCUUGUACAUUGGAUUGGUGGUCGUGAUCUUUGCAUGUACGACCAUUGUACAACUCGAUGCAGCUUCGGAAACUAAGACAUGUUUUCAAAAGAAGAGCCCAUGUUUCCUUAAGAAGCAGACUUGCCCAACUCAGUGCCCUUCGUUUUCCCCUCCCUACGGUAGCACCAAGGCAUGCGUCGUGGAUUGCUUUAACCCUAUUUGCAGAGCCACUUGCCGAAAUAGAAAGCCUAAUUGCAAUGGUAAAGGAUCAGCAUGCUUAGACCCGAGAUUCAUCGGCGGCGACGGCAUCGUAUUCUACUUUCACGGCAAACGUAAUGAGCAUUUUGCACUCGUCUCCGAUGUUGAUUUCCAGGUCAAUGCACGUUUCAUUGGUCUAAGACCUUCUGGUCGAACUAGAGACUUCACAUGGAUCCAAUCCCUAGGUCUUAUCUUCGGCCCCAACAGUAAAACCUUUUCACUCGAGGCCACAAAGGCCGCAAAAUGGGACCACCAAGUCGACCAUCUCCGUUUGUCCUUCCAAGGAAAAGAGAUCUCUUUACUAAAAGGAGAUGCAUCGGUGUGGAGUCCUCCUGGAGGCUAUAUAAAGAUCGAGAGAACUUCAGACAUAAACUCCGUGUUGGUCACGUUACCAGACAUUGCCGAAAUUUGGGCUAACGUGGUUCCAGUUACUAAGAAAGAUGAUAUGAUCCAUAAAUACGGGAGACCUGAAAAUGAUUGCUUUGCCCAUCUGGAAGUUCAAUUUCGGUUCUUGAGGUUGUCCCAAAAUGUGGAGGGCGUUUUAGGAAGAACAUAUAGAGAGGAUUUCGAGAAUCCGGCCAAACCAGGUGUGGCUAUGCCCAUCGUCGGUGGGGAAGAUAAAUAUAGAACGAUUUCGCUUCUUGAAACGAGUUGUACCGCUUGUGUUUACUCCAGUGGUUCUGAAAGUUUGGAAAAGAUGGAGCGAUUGUUGCUAAAUCAAAACAAUGUUGAUUGCACCGGAGGAUCGAGCAGUGGUGUUGGAAUUUUCUGCAAAAAGUAA